UUGCUGCAUUCUCUCAAUAGAAAGUCUUAGGCAUAAAUUAAUCGUCAAAUUCCCAACUAAGAAGACACGCCAAGUUGGUCAAACUGGAUUUUGUCAAAGGACUUAAAUAGGCCGGAUUUUUUGGAUUUUACAGUACAUGGUACUGUAACGACUUGGAACGAAAAAGGACUCUUCUCUUUUUUUUGAGUAAUGCAAGCAGCAGUGAUGGAGGAAUCUAACGCAAUCAACAUUGAGCAACAGCAAAGCGCCCUUAACAAUGGCCAAGAGCAGGUGUCUAAUAACAACGAGCAGCAACAGCAGCAACAACAACCAUCAUCACCCACUUUGGUGGCAACUCCCACUAGCACAAGCGGAGGCAAUGCAACUCCCGCUUUCAGCUACGAUGAUCUGUUCCCGGCCUUGCCGACGAAUACAUCAUCGGCAGCGACGCUCUCAAGCUCGUCUGGUCCCAGCAUAGCUCGCGUACAGAGCUCUCAGAAUUCCCAGAUUCUGACUCUGUCCGGUGAGGAACGCAAGUCCACGGAAUCGGACAAAUUUGGGGAAGGCGAAUCGAAGCGGAUUUGUCAACAAAUCACCAAGGAGACGGGCGCCCAGAUUGAGAUUGUCAGCAAUAAGAAUCAAUCGUUGACUUUCCUCAUUAAGGGCAAACAUAGCGAAUUGUUGGAUGCACGCCGUAAGAUUCUGAUGAGCUUCUCGACUCAGGCUAGCCGCCAAUUGACCAUACCGCGCGAGCAUUAUCGCGUUAUUCUCGGCAAGGGUGGUCAGCGAUUGCGGGACUUGGAGCGUUCAACUUCGACCCGCAUCAACAUCCCCAGCCAAAACGACGAGAGUGAAUUUAUCACGAUCGCCGGCACCAAGGAGGGCAUCGAGAAAGCGGAGCAGGAAAUCCGUCAACUAUCCGCGGAGCAAUACAAGAAAUCAUCGGAUCGCUUUUCAGUGCCAAAAAUCUAUCAUCCCUUUAUUGUGGGCCCCUACAAUGAGAAUCUGAACAAGCUGCAGGAGGAGACGGGGGCCAAGAUUAAUGUCCCACCUCAGCAGGUGCAGAAGGACGAAAUCAUCAUUUCCGGCGAGAAAGACGCUGUCGCGGCCGCCAAGGCCAAGGUGGAAGCCAUCUAUAAGGAAAUGGAGAAAAAGUGCGCCACGGUUAGCGUUGAAGUGGCCAAGCCACAACAUCGCUAUGUAAUCGGGCCCAAGGGUUCGACGAUUGCCGAGAUUCUUCAGCUUACGGGCGUGAGUGUUGAGAUGCCACCUAAUGAUUCCACCUCCGAGACUAUUACGCUGCGCGGCCCGCAGGUGGCCCUGGGCAAUGCCCUCACCGUUGUCUACCAAAAGGCAAACUCGGUCAAGUCGGUGGAAAUCGAUGCUCCGCAUUGGAUCCACAAGUAUGUCAUUGGUCGCAAGGGUGCCAAUAUGAAGCAACUGGAGGAGAAUUGCCCCAAUGUGAAUGUGAAUUGCCUGGAGGAUUUGAUCAAGUUGGAGGGUGAUCCAGAGAAUGUCGACAAGGCCGUCUCCUAUCUGACCGAGAUCAUUCGCAACUACGAGGAAAAUUUCACCUUUGAGGUAAUGACUGUGAAUCCCUCCUACUACAAGCACAUUAUUGGUAAGGCUGGUGCCAAUGUCAAUCGUCUCAAGGACGAGUUGAAGGUCAACAUCAAUAUUGAGGAGCGCGAGGGCCAGAACAACAUUCGUAUCGAGGGACCCAAGGAGGGAGUGCGUCAGGCUCAACUUGAAUUACAAGAAAAAAUAGACAAACUGGAAAAUGAAAAAUCAAAGGACGUGAUCAUUGAUCGUCGCCUGCAUCGCUCCAUUAUUGGUGCCAAGGGCGAGAAGAUUCGUGAGGUUAAGGAGCGGUAUAGACAGGUCACCAUCACCAUACCGACGCCCCAGGAGAACACUGAUAUUGUAAAGCUGCGUGGUCCCAAGGAAGAUGUGGACAAGUGUCACAAGGAUUUGCUCAAGCUGGUCAAGGAGAUCCAGGAGUCAUCUCAUAUCAUCGAAGUGCCAAUUUUCAAGCAAUUCCACAAAUUCGUGAUUGGCAAGGGUGGAGCGAAUAUUAAAAAGAUUCGCGAUGAGACCCAAACGAAAAUCGAUCUUCCCGCCGAGGGUGAUACCAACGAGGUAAUUGUCAUCACUGGUAAAAAGGAGAAUGUCCUCGAGGCCAAGGAUCGCAUUCAAAAGAUUCAGAACGAACUCUCCGAUAUUGUCAACGAGGAGGUGCAGAUUUCACCCAAGUACUACAAUUCCAUUAUUGGCACUGGAGGCAAACUCAUUUCGGCCAUCAUGGAAGAGUGCGGAGGCGUCUCCAUUAAGUUCCCCAACAGCGAUUCCAAGAGCGAUAAGGUCACUAUUCGCGGUCCGAAAGAUGAUGUGGACAAGGCCAAGGCUCAGUUGCUGGAGCUAGCUAAUGAGAGGCAGUUGGCCUCCUUCACCACCGAGGUGAGGGCCAAGCAACAGCAUCAUAAAUUCCUUAUUGGCAAGAAUGGUGCCUCAAUUCGGAAAAUACGCGAUGCCACCGGGGCACGCAUCAUUUUCCCCUCGAACGAGGACACUGACAAAGAGGUAAUUACAAUCAUUGGCAAGGAGGAGAGUGUCAAGAAGGCCAAGGAGCAGCUGGAGGCCAUCAUCAAGGAGUGCGACGAAGUCACCGAAGGCGAAGUUUCCGUUGACCCAAGGCAUCACAAGCACUUUGUGGCCAAACGCGGUCAAAUCUUGCAUCGCAUUUCGGAGGAGUGUGGUGGAGUGAUGAUUUCCUUCCCACGGCCAGGCAGCAACUCCGACAAGGUAACCAUUAAGGGGGCCAAGGAUUGCAUUGAAGCGGCCAAGCAGCGUAUUGAGGAGACUGUGGCAGAUCUGGAGGCACAGACCACCAUUGAGGUCAUCAUACCCCAGCGUCAACAUCGAACCAUUAUGGGAGCCCGCGGAUUCAAGGUGCAACAGGUCACGUCUGAAUUUGAUGUGCAAAUCAAGUUCCCCGAUCGUGAUGCCACCGAUCCUGUAGAGGGUCUGACCAAUGGCACAACCGGAGUGAAUGGCGAGGGUGAUGGCCUUAGCCAAGGACAGGAAGAUGGCUCUGAUCAGACAGUGGAGCCAGUGCGUCAAUGUGAUGUCAUUCGCAUUACGGGACGCAUUGAGAAGUGUCUAGCCGCCAAGCAAGCCUUGCUCGACCUCAUACCUAUCGAGGAAGAGUUGUCGGUACCAUUCGAUCUGCAUCGUACCAUCAUUGGGCCCCGUGGAGCCAACGUGCGUCAAUUUAUGUCAAAGUACGAUGUCCAUGUUGAGCUACCACCCAGCGAACUCAAGUCCGAUAUUAUCAAGGUAUCUGGCACUCCCGCCCAUGUGGCCGAGGCAAAGGAAGCCUUGGAGAAGAUGAUCGAGGAUUAUGAGGCCGAUAGGGCUGAUCGGGAGUUGCGCUCAUUUGUCCUCCAAAUCGAUGUCGAUACGGAGUAUCAUUCAAAGCUCAUUGGACGUCAUGGAGCCGUCAUUAAUAAGCUGCGUGCCGACCACGAUGUCAAUAUUUCGCUACCCAAACGCGAUGAUCCCAAUCAGCGGAUUAUUUCCAUUACCGGCUAUCAAGCCAAUGCGGAAAAAGCCCGUGACGCCAUCUUGGAGAUCGUUGGCGAGUUGCAGACCCUGCACCGUGAGGUUAUUGAAAUCGAUACGCGCAUCCAUUCGCAUAUCAUUGGUCAACGCGGACGCACCAUUCGCAAGAUCAUUGAAGAUCACAAGGUGGACAUAAAGUUCCCGUCCUCCGAUGAAGCUCAAAAUAAUCCGAAUGCCGUCACCAUAAUUGGCAAAGAGGAGGAUGUAGAGAAUGCCAAGGAAGUGCUGCUCAGCAUGGCCGAAGACUAUGAGCGGGACUACCUUGAGAACUUGCCACCAUCGCCCCAGCCGCAGACUGUUGGCGCCUUCCUUUCCGCCAGCGGUGGGGCUAGCAACAACAGUGCUGGUAGUGGUGGUGCUGGUGGGCCCACUGAGAACGGUUUCAUCAUUAAGGACGCCCCAUGGGAGAAGCAGAAGCAGCAAGCUAAGAAUCUAACUGCUCCAAACACUCAAUCGCAGGAGGAUUUUCCUCAUUUUGCUGCCGGAGGUGCUCCAGUGGCUGCUACGCCCAUUACCUCUGUAUGGGGUCCCAAGAACUAAGCCAAUGGGAAAAAGAAGUGGGAACGGGGCGGCGGCAGGCGUGCGGACGUCUCUAGUGUCAAAUGAUAUAUACAAUUAUAUCUAUCUAUAUAUAUAUAUAUAUAUAUCUAUAUAUGGUAUAGGUUGUCCUCUCUCCUAGGAGCUUUUUUUUUGAGCAAAAAAAAAAAACAAAAAAACCAAGUAACACAACAGGAAAAAUAUUGACAAACAACUAACGAUAAACUAUUUUUGUAUAAUUUGAUACACACACACACACACACACACAUGCAGACACACAAGACAUGAAAUUGCAUUUAUACGAACACUUUCGGUUCCGGUUUCUGGUUCCUGGUCCUAAUCGUCUCUACAUCCGAACCCGCAAUCGCCUCUUUCCCAACUCUCUUUCUCUCUUUUGUUAUCUGUUCUCUUCAAUGCCAAUUUGUUUGUUUCAUUUCAAGACACACACACACACACACGCAUAUAUGCAACAACAAAAGAUAAAGUAAUAUUCUAAUUAGUUAAGCAGAAAGUUCAAGAAAUAUUUUGUUAAAUGAAUAUUGAAAUACGGAUAGAUGAAUGAUAUUUAAAGAAAUCAGAGAAUGAAAUGAUAAAGGAAACGAACGAAAAAAAAGGAAGAAAGAAAAAAGCAAACACAAGAAAUACUUAUUAUAAGCAUACAAUGUUAAUUAUUUACUCUCGCUGCUUUCUUUUUUUUAUGAUUAUGAUUAUACACCGAUAUAAGAAA